CAAAUAUGGCUGCGGCCAUGCUACAAAAAAUAUUGACCGACGUGAAGUAGAUAUGUGAUUUAUAACCGGCUUGGUAAAUGGAUUUUUGAUGGUGAUUUCUGUUGGUUGAAGGCUAAGUAAUGGCUGAUUCAACAGAGAAUUCUCCAGACAAGGAGUUUUUGGACGACAAGAGUGAAGCUGGGGAUCAGAAUGGCCCAGAAGACCAAGUCAAGGAGGGCACUGUUGCUUCAGACCAAAGUCCAUUUGAGAUUACCUUGUCAGAAUACAAACCAGAUCCCAAGCUCAUCAAUGUGCACCAAUUCUAUCCCUCCUUGGAACACCAGUUCCACAAAUCUGCUUCCAAGUUUGAGGAGGAGCAGAAUAAGAGGACUGAGGAUGCCAUGAAGGAGAUUGUCGAGGAGUCCUCCACAUUCGCUUUGACGGACAACGAGGGUACCAUGGUAACCACGGAUGUGGAGACUACCCAAGAUUCCAUACAGAUCCGUAGUAAAGGAGAGAGCACUGACGGAACUGAUUCCAACAAUUCAGGGAUGCCGAACAAGGACGGGUUGUUCAGUACUGCAGUCAGUGAGGAAACGUUACAGAAAGCUAAGGCGAAAGGGAAGAGUAUAUUCCAGACAGAGGACUGGGGGACCGUGGCUCAGUAUUCCCCGGGGAUGCAGGAGAUAGUGGACCAGAGAGCACAAGAACAUUUCAAUGAUGCUAUGAAAGCCAAAGAGGAAGGGAGGUUUGAGCAGGUUUUAAAGAGCAUUUCUAAAGCCAUGGGACUCCGGACAGAUCCAGCCUAUUACAUAGAGAAAGCGGAGGCUUACAUACAGCUGUGUGACUUCCAGUCAGCCAUCUUGAAUUACAAGAAAGCCUGUUUACUGGACCCAGACAAUGUGGAGUACUAUUCCAGACUGGCAUUUCUGUAUUAUUUUAUGGGACAGACAUUAUUUGAUCAGAGACUUUAUCCUGAAGCCUUAGAAUCAUUUGCGAGAGCAGCUGAGAUGAACCCUGACAACACUGGCUAUCACAUCAGAAGCAUGACCUGUCUAGCAGCUCUACACAGACAUGGUGAAUGUUUGGCCUUAGUCAACAAGAGAUUGGAGACAGACAAUGAAAACCCUGAUCUGUACAUCAUGAGAGCAAGGCUACACGAGAUGUUUAGAAAUACCACCCUUUGUUAUUAUGACAUCAAAGAUGCCCUCCAAGUAGACCCAGAUCACCAGGAGGCCCAGGCCAUGAUGGCUAAGAUGGAGAAGAGAGCCCAGGACAACAAGCGGGAGGCCAUGCAGCUAAACCUGCUGGGGAAACACCGAGAGGCCCUACAGAAGAUCUCUAUUGCCAUAGAUACUGAUCCUGUUGUGGCUGAUUUUCAUGUAUUAAGAGGUUCACUCCACCGGCGACUGGGAGACUAUAAUGCUGCUAUCGAUGACUUCCUGUUGGCUCUGGACAAGUGUGAGCACAAUGAAGAGUCAGCUGUCUACAUUGACUCCCAGAGACAGCUGUUGUUGACCUACAAUGACUUUGCUGUGGAGUGUUUUACCAAGGGCUUUUAUGAAGAAGCCAUUAUUUUACUAAAUAAAGCUAUCAAGGGAGAGAAGCGUGAAAAAGGAUUGUAUAUCAACAGGGGAGAUUGCUUUUUCCGGCAGAAUGACUUUAACUUUGCCCUACAAGACUACUGUCAGGCCCUGGAGUUGGACCCGGCUGAUGACAACAUUAAGUCUCGUAUCUCCGUCAUUUACAAUGAGUUUGGUGUUACUGCUUAUCAAGACAAAAAUUACUCUGAAGCUGAAGACAAGCUCACACAAGCAAUACAAUACAAUCCAAAAGUAGGUCAGUACUAUAUAACAAGGUCCAGAUGCCGAUACAUGCUGGAGAAUAUCCAUGGUGCCAGACUUGACCUAAUUAUGGGGCUUUUACUGGACCCCACCAAUCAGGAUGUGCUCUCAAUCUUAUCUCGUUUGUUUCCCGGGAAAUCUAUUGGUGACGUCGUCAAUAGCCGGGCAGCUGAUCCAGCCAAGAUAGCAAUCCGAGCAAUACUCAAUAUUCAACCUCAGAAAUCUCAGGCCAAAGUCACGUAUGAUGCUUUCACAGAGAGUGGAGUUCUGGACAGUCAUGCCACCCAUUCCAUCCCUCCUAAGUCUGCCCAGACCACAUGGAGUCAGGCUGAUACUGACGUGUCCACUGUGGAGGACAGUCUCAUCCGUCCCGGGGGGUGCUUCCCUUCUCUCAGGGCCUGUAUGAAAGAGAAAGACUUCAACAUAAGACUUGCCAUUGAAAAGAAACAUGUCCAUGAGGAGGUGUCUGUUGCCUUAAAGGAGAGAAAGAGCCUGCGAUAUGACGGGGCCCGGGUACAACCCCUCCCCCCUCCAGCUCCCAACCCUAACUCACAAAAAGCCCCACCACCCAGGGAAAGAUUCAUCAAGGAUGCUUUUGGAGGAAAACAGAAGGUCAUGACCUACAACUGGCGAAAGUUCACCAUGGGAAUAGGUCUGUCUGAUGUCAAGGACAUUUGAUGACCUGCAUAACAUUGUCAUGUCAGUCUGUUCUGUGAAA